UGACAGUCUGGACAGUCGACCGUGGUGUGAAGGUCGAGGUAAUAUAUACAGCUUUAUACAGAAGGAGUACUGGCACGUUGGCUUGUUGGAGUAUUAUACGCCGAACAACAUUCCCAAUUUCUUGUUGGCGAUUCCUUCAAUGUCUAUCGCUAUCAUAGCAGUC